UCACAUGGCUACUUGUCAGCAGGCUGGAGGAGGAAACAUAAUCCCGAGGCUGAAGGCUGCCGUUAUCAGUCGCUGCGUGUUGGUCUGAGAGAGAGAAAGCACUCAGCAGCUCAGUGAGAGGCUGGGACGGAGCGCACAAAAAAAAAAAAACCUCUACAUCGCUAACCCUUGUUUCUUUUGUCUCCCCUAUCUCUCUCCCUUUCUUUUUCUCUCUCUCUCUCUUUUUUCCCCUCUCUGUUUGUUUUUGCACUGCACUCUGACCAGACCCGGGUCUCUCCUCCACAGCAGAGUUCAGAAUUGCACUACAAUGACUGCGGUGGCUUCUCUGCAGUAAGCAAACAAAGGUUAUGCUGCCCAAAAGCUGUCUGAGUCCCAGUGAGAAAGAGAAGGGCUAAAGCCAAAAAAAAAAAACCCCAAUCCAAAUCAGCUUUCCAGAGCCUCUCCAGCAGCAGCGAACUCCACCGCUCAGAGCCAUGAGCAACCCCAGCGCUCCCAACCAGAUUACAGACGCCGUGGCAUCGGUUAUUCACAGCCCCGAGGCUUCAGCUGCCUCGUCACUACAAGGGACUCCACGCCCGAAGGAGGAAGAGGACGAUGGGGACCUGAACAAAGCUUUGGGCGUCCAGCGCUUCCAGCAGAUCCUCAGCCCCUCCGCAGCCGUUCCCGACGAGCAGCACCACAACUACCAUGAGGAGGACAUCGAGUAUCACCGUCACUCCUCUCACCACAUCCACCGACCUCUGUCCAAACUGCCCCCCGAGGGACGGAGGAAGAGGAGCGGCAAGAAGAGGAGGAAGGACAAGGAUUCCAAAAGCAGCCACGCUCCCAGCAGCGGCCCCAUAGAGGAGGGAGAGGACGAAGAGGACGAGGAGGAGGAGGGGGGGACGGAGACCUCUGGUCCGUCUGAGUCCGAGAAAGUCAAAGAUGUGGAGUUCUUCGUUUCUGAUGAAGACCAAGUGGCCAAACGGGGGAAAGACAGCCCGCGAUUAGCCCGUGAUCUUGACAUCGUACCCCAGUCUGGUGUGGUAACAGAAUCUGAAGAUGCAUCUUCUACAGAUAGGCCGGCUUCAUCCCCAACGUCCUCCGCCUCUCCCCCGUCGGCGCCACCUGAACACAUACCUCUGGCCCGGGUUUCCUCCGCCGGCCGCAGCUACGACCUCCAAGAGCGCCGCCGCACGGGCAACAUGACGGGCGCCGAGCAGGCCAAGUACCAGCGCAUCCCCACCGAUGAGAUCGAGGCGGAGACCCUCGCCUCCGCCGACCUGGACGGCAUCAAGAGUCACCGUUUUGAAGAUGUCCCCGGCGUACGCAGACACCUGGUCAGAAAGAGCACCAAAGGACAAGUGGUGCACAUGGGCAAAGACCACAAAGAGCCCAGCACUCGCAACCGUAAGCAGGACCGCACCCCACAUGAGCCGUUACCGGUGGUUCUGUACCGCUCUGCCUCACGGCCCGACGGAUUCAUGCUGGACAUGGCUCGGUACAAGAAGGUGUUUGUGGAGCUGAACGAGCUGACUAUGGACAAGAAUCAGGAAAUGCAGUGGAAGGAGACGGCUCGAUGGAUCAAGUUUGAGGAGGACGUGGAGGAGGAGACGGACCGCUGGGGGAAACCUCACGUGGCUUCGCUGUCUUUCCGAAGUUUGCUGGAGCUCCGGAAAGCCAUCUCACAUGGUGCGGUGCUGCUGGACCUGGACCAGAAGACCCUGCCUGGCAUCGCCCACCAGGUGGUGGAGCAGAUGAUUAUUUCUGACCAGAUCAAAGCUGAGGAUCGAUCCAACGUCCUGAGGGCCCUGCUGCUUAAACACAGUCACCCAAGCGAUGAGAAGGAGCACAGUAGCCCUUUCCCCAGAAACAUCUCAGCAGCCAGCCUCGGUAGUCUGAUAUCCCACCACCACAAUGCCAAUCACACCCAUCAGCCCGAGCCGUCUGUCACCGACCCCCUCAUGGGCACCGUCCACGUCGCCGGGGAAACGGAAACGCGCAUCGAAGUGGAGAAGAACGAGGUGCAGAAGGAGCCGAUCAUGGUUCCCGGCAUGCAUCGAUCCAAGUCGAAACAUGAGCUGAAGCUGCUGGAGAAGAUCCCAGAAAACGCUGAGGCCACUGUUGUCCUUGUGGGCAGCGUGGACUUCCUGGAGCAGCCCACCAUGGCGUUUGUGCGGCUGCAGGAGGCGGUGGAGCUGGAGUCGGUCCUGGAGGUUCCCGUCCCCGUCAGGUUCCUGUUCGUUCUGCUCGGACCUCCAACAACCAGCAUGGACUACCACCAGAUAGGACGCUCCAUCUCCACGCUCAUGUCUGACAAGCAAUUCCACGAAGCAGCCUACCUGGCGGACGACAGGCAGGAUCUGCUGAACGCCAUCAACAGCUUCCUGGACUGCAGCAUUGUGUUGCCGCCUUCAGAGAUGGGCGGCGAUGAGCUCCUGCGCUCCGUAGCUCGCUUCCAGAGGGAGAUGCUGCGCAAGAGGGAGGAAGAGGAAGUCAAACUGAUGGCUAAAGAACCCAAAAGCCUUGAAGAGAAAGUGGCUCUACUCACACCUUCGAAGAAGUCAGAUGACCCUUUGAAGCGCACCGGACGCCCCUUCGGCGGGUUGGUCCGAGACGUGAAGCGCCGUUACCCGCAGUACCUCAGCGACUUCAAGGAUGCCAUGAACAGUCAGUGCAUGGCUGCCGUCAUCUUUAUCUACUUCGCUGCUCUCUCUCCAGCCAUCACAUUCGGAGGCCUGCUGGGUGAGAAGACUGAGGGUCUGAUCGGUGUCUCGGAGCUGAUCGUGUCGACGUCGGUGCAGGGUGUGAUCUUCUGCCUGCUCGGAGCGCAGCCGUUACUGGUCGUCGGCUUCUCUGGACCCUUGCUGGUUUUUGAAGAAGCCUUUUAUAGUUUCUGCAAAUCGAACGAAAUGGAGUACCUGACGGGCCGCGUCUGGAUCGGGUUUUGGCUCAUCGUCAUCGUCAUCAUCACGGUGGCCUUCGAGGGCAGCUUCCUGGUCCGCUUCGUGUCCCGAUUCACCCAGGAGAUCUUCUCCUUCCUCAUCUCCCUCAUCUUCAUCUGCGAGACCUUCGUCAAGCUCGUCAAGAUUUUCAAGGACCACCCGUUGCAGCGCUGUGCGUUUAGCACGGAUGACAACAGCACAGACGCGGACGCUUCAGCAGAAAAUAUCACCGUGGUGCUUAGCAACAGCAGCACGCCUGUGACGCUGCAUGUCACCGGCGAACCCAACACAGCGCUGCUCUCUCUGGUGCUCAUGGCUUCAACGUUUUUCAUCGCUUUCUACCUGCGCAAGUUCAAGAACAGUGCUUUCUUUCCUGGAAGGCUUCGCAGGAUUAUUGGAGAUUUCGGGGUUCCCAUCGCCAUCCUCAUCAUGGUCCUGGUGGAUUACGGCAUAUCAGACACAUUCACACAAAAACUGAGCGUCCCCCGAGGUUUCUCCGUGACGAGUCCCGAUAAACGCGGCUGGAUCAUCAGUCCUCUGGGCAGCGACGGUGAAUUCCCCAUCUGGAUGAUGUUUGCCUGCUGUCUGCCCGCCAUGCUGGUGUUCAUCCUCAUCUUCAUGGAGACGCAGAUCACCACCCUGAUCGUGAGUAAGAAGGAGCGGAUGCUGGUGAAGGGAUCCGGUUUCCAUCUGGACCUGCUGCUGAUCGUGGUGCUGGGAGGCAGCUCGGCCCUGUUCGGCCUGCCGUGGAUGGCGGCUGCGACCGUCCGCUCUGUGACCCACGUCAACGCCCUCACUGUCAUGAGUAAGGCCGUCGCCCCCGGAGACAAGCCUCGCAUCCAGGAGGUGAAGGAGCAGAGGGUGACGGGGCUCCUGGUGGCCAUCAUGGUUGGUAUGUCCAUCGUGAUUGCCGACCUGCUUCGUAAAAUCCCCCUGGCCGUGCUCUUCGGUAUCUUCCUCUACAUGGGUGUGAUGUCUCUGAACGGUAUCCAGCUCACAGAGCGUAUGAUGCUGCUGCUAAUGCCACCAAAGUACCAUCCGGACCACACCUACGUCCGCAAGGUCCGUACGCUGCGCAUGCACCUGUUCACGUGCAUCCAGGUGGUGUGUUUGGCCACUCUUUGGGCCGUUAUGUCGACUCAGGCGUCGCUCGCCUUCCCCUUCGUCCUCAUCCUCACCGUCCCUGUGAAGAUAUUCCUGCUGCGCCGCAUCUUCAACCCCAGAGAGAUAGCAUGUCUGGAUGCGGACGACGCAGAGCCGAAGUUCGACGAGCGCGAUUGUCACGACGAGUACUCGGAGAUGCACAUGCCCGUAUAAGCCGACGUGCAGCCGACCCCCUCCUAUCACCACUUACCUCCUCUUUUUAGUGGACACCAAAAUCCGUCACUCUACCAACCGAUGACGCCUGGGAUCCGUCGACGUUUGAGUCCCUCGAACUUGAAAACACUCAACAACAAGACGCUCUUUGACGCCACAUCACUGUGCACAGCUGUGACCCUCCUCUUCAUCAUGAACGUUCGUCGCAGGUCUGGUUCGGUCAAAGGUUUCUCUAGAAGUCGCUUUUUUUUGUGUGUGUGUGUGUUGCAGAUUUAUAGCCCCGGCUGUGUUUAUUCUCUCACCAAUAAGAGCGCGUUUAGGGGCUUUUCUGCCGGUUAGCAGCACUUUGUGGCACAAAGAAUGAACUUCAGAGAAGCUCAAACAGUCACUAUCAUGUGUUCAUUCAUAAUAUACUCUUUUUUUUAAAAACAUAUAUUUCAGGGGACAAGAGAUUCCAAAUCAAAUGAUGUGAUCUCGAGCUCGUAAUUAAUCAUGAUUACAGUAGAUAGAUGUGUAAACUGAUUCUUUCUUUUUUUUUUAGCCCUGAAAGGUUGCGCUGAUUCACAUUGAAUAUGUGGAGGAUAUAUGGGAUACAUUCCUUAUAUAUUAACGUGCUCAAUAUCUUUAUUGCUAAUUAAGUUUGUCGCUUUUUUUUUCAUGUUUUUUGCUCUUUUUAAGCUCACUAAGCGCCUUAUGAAGGAAAUAAAAAGGUAUACCUAGAGGUGUUUUUCCCCUCAUUCUGUCUGAUUAUAGACAGCU